AUGAUUAUAUAUAAUACAAAUUUGAUGAUAUUCUUGCUUUUAACACUUUCAGCUGCUCUAAAACUUGAUUGUAAAGAUUAAUGCGAUGGAGAUCAUUACUGCUAUUUGGGAUAAUGUUAUUCAUGUUCCUAUUUUAGAAAAUAAUGGGAAGCAAAAAUUCCUGAUUUUGGAGUUCUUAUUGGUAAAGGUAACGGAGUUCCUGCAUAUUCAUGCCAAAAUGACACACAACAUCUUCAUGAGCUUGAACAUUUUCUUCAGCCAAAUGAGACAGGGUUUAACUAAACAGUCUUUAUAGGAAUGAAGUAUAGAUAUUUUAAACCUAGAUAUCAAUGUGUUCAUUUUGCUAGAUACUAUUGGAUUCAAAAAUUCGGAUCAGCGUUUCCUGGUAUUGAUACAGCUGAUGAAAUAUUUGACUUAACUUAUGCAAUUGAUUAUAAGAAUGGAAAAUAUAGAAACUUAACUAAGUUCUAUAAUGGAAUGUCCACCAGUAUAAGAGCGGGUGAUUUACUAAUUUGGAAUAAAAGUUAUCCUUAUUACCCAUACGGUCAUGUGGCUGUGGUUUUAGAUGUUUAGUUAGGAGCUGAGGAACCAUACAUUACUAUAGGUGAAGAAAAUUAUGAUGAUAUAUGGGACUCUAAUUAAUAUGCAAGAAAGCUAAAAGCCUCAACAAGUAAUUUUGGGCUCGUGUAUGUCAUAAAUGAAAGAGAAAUAACAGGACUUUCUCCUUAAGAAAAAUGUAAGGAUUAUAACGGAAGUGCAAAUGAUGUCAUUGUUGGUUGGGUCAGGUUAAAUGAUUGA